GGGCUCAAAAAACCAUUUUUUGAGAAUUUCCGUUUCUGGAAAAAUGACCCCAUAUCUCCAGGUCUGCGUGUAAACACAACAUCAGGGAUAGUUAGGGGACAAACCAUACAUGUGCUCAAUAUAGGAAUCAAUCAAUUCUUGAAUAUACCUUAUGCUGAGCCCCCGGUUGGGAAACUUCGCUUCAAUAAACCACUACCUAUUCAAACACCGAGAGAUAUCGAUGCCACAAAACCGGGUAACUCUUGUUUGCAACCAGUAUUUGAAAGCAUUGAACACUUUAUGGGAAAUCUGACCACAAGUGAGGACUGUUUGGUACUAAACAUAUGGACACUUAAUGGGGGAAACAGUAACUCAUCGCAAGAGUCACCACUAAAACCAGUCAUGUUUUGGAUUCAUGGCGGGGGUCUAUACUCGGGAUCCAUUUUUCAGCGCCAGUAUAACGGCAGUGCACUGGCAGCUCAAAACGUGGUGUUUGUCUCAGCAAACUAUAGAUUAGGUCCUUUUGGGUUCCUAUACGGGGAUCGGGAGGAUGCGCCCGGAAAUGUAGGCUUUUAUGACCAGUUAUUGGCUCUUAAAUGGGUGAGAGAAAACAUUCACGCAUUUGGUGGGGAUAGGGAUCAGAUCACUAUAUUUGGUCAGAGCGCCGGCAGUUGGUCCGUGUCGGCGCAUAUAUUGUCCCCAUUAUCUGCAGGUGCUUUCCAGAGGGCUAUUAUGGAAAGCGGUGCCCAUUUAUACAACAAGGACAGGGAUCUGGUGCCCAAAAGCAACGCCUUAUAUAAAGCCAAACAAAUGGCAAUUCAAUUGAAUUGUAGUUUAGAUGAUAACCAAUGGUUGGAGUGUUUGCGAGGAAUCGAUGGCAAAGAGUUUUACUCAUUAUAUACGAAGAAUCCGUUGACUGUUCCCACACUCGACACCGAAUUCCUGCCGAUGUCCGCACAAAUGGCUUUCAAGACUAACCACUUUAAUAAAGUGGACAUACUGUCGGGUGUGACCCUACAUGAGGGCUCAUGGAUGACGAGCGUAAUACUGGGCGAAGUGCCGCACAAUCUCACAGAAACUGAUUUCACAAAUUUUGUGCAUUUAUUGCAAACCAUAUUCCCCUAUUUGGACGCCAAUAAUAUAACAGACUUUUAUUUGGGUGAUAUCGACAAAACCAGUUCCCAUGACAUCCAGUGGGCGAUGUAUGACCUCUUUGGGGAUUUAUUCCUCACGUGUCCCACGUAUAUGUUUGCCACCAAUUAUGCUAAAUAUUCGCAA